GACCUUGCUACUUCCUGCUCCUGGCCACCCCUGCUCAGAGACUAUGGAGCUGUGGAAGCAGCUGAGGCAGGCUGGACUGGUGCCCCCAGGGCUGGGCCCACCCCCGCGGGCCCUGAGAGUGGUGCCCCCAGUGAAGAGGGUGGGUCAGACCCUCAUGUUCCCAGGGGCUGACACUGGAGGUGCCAGGGAGAGUCUGCUGUGGAUCUGGAAGGAGCUGGUGAACCUCCGCCUAGUGGAUGUCCAGCUGCUGGGCCAGCUAUGCAGCCUGGGGUUGGAGAUGGGGGCACUUCAGGAGGAACUGAUCACCUUCCUGGAGGAGGAGGAGGACAGAGAGCUGGAAGGGAAGCAGGAGGGGGCCUGUGGUCCAGCCCCAGGUCACCGCCUCCCUGACUUUGAAAUGACUAUCUGAGGCCCUGCUGCUGUGCUUUCGGACACAUGAAUGCGCCACAUUCAGGAGACAGGCAGAUAUCUGCAGAUGGCAGCCGACGAGAAGCAGGGCUGCAAAUAUAACUCCUGCCCAGGUCCACACUUGUAGAAAAGAUGCCCAAGACAGCAGGUGGAGGGCUCCAGCCUGAGGAGAGACAGCUCUUCUGGGAAGACAGUUGGACAUUCUUCAUAAAACCAUUACUCCCAGUGAGGAAAAAUACACGCUUGCAUUUCUGCGAUUCUUCAAAACAAUUUUCUGCUUGGGAGUGAGGAUAUUCCCAGAGAAGUGAGAUGCUGGCAGGUGCUGAAUUCCUGUCCAUGGGGAUUUCCAUCUUCAAAAAAACCUGCUUCUACUCUAGAGCCCGCGAGCCACAACUACUGAAGCCCGCGCGCCUAGAGCCGGUGC